GUGGACAGGUGUCUGUUGGAGAGAGAGGAAAGCCGAGUCAGCGCCGAGUCAGCGCCAAGUCAGCCCGGAAGCCGCCGAAGCCUCACCUGUGUCGGCCACACGCCGGAUGUACUUCCGCGGGAUCCCAUUCUGCUCCGUGAGCCUCGCGUAGUCCUCUGGUACGGGCGGCUUCCACAUGGCAGCGGUAGGAUGCAGGUGUCCAUGAGAAAAGACCAGACUGUGUCCGAGGAGGAGGAGGAGGAGGAGGAGGAGCUGGAGUCUGAGUCGGAUGCGGAGGUGGAAUGCGACCUGAGCAACAUGGAGAUCACCGAGGAGCUGCGCCGGUACUUCGCGACGACUGAGAAGCACCGAGAAGAGCGACAGUAUGCACAAGUAAUCAAAAUGCUGGGAAAUGGACGAUUAGAAGCAAUGUGCUUUGAUGGUGUAAAGCGAUUAUGCCAUAUUAGAGGAAAAUUGAGAAAGAAGGUUUGGAUAAAUACCUCAGACAUUAUUUUGAUUGGUCUCCGAGAGUAUCAGGAUAACAAAGCAGACGUAAUUUUAAAAUACAACGCAGAUGAAGCGAGAAGUCUGAAGGCAUAUGGCGAGCUUCCUGAACAUGCUAAAAUCAAUGAAACCGAUACAUUUGGUCCUGGAGAUGAUGAUGAAAUCCAGUUUGAUGAUAUUGGAGAUGAUGAUGAAGACAUUGAUGAUAUCUAAAUUGAAUUCAGUUUUCAUUUGCUGAAGACAUUAACUGGGAAUUUUGACCAUCAACUUAAGAAGAAUAGAACUUUAUUUACCAUGAGUAUUGUUAUUAAAACAAAUUGUC